GGCAACAUGGCGCCGGGUGGGGAGGAGGAGAAAGCAACCGCUGCCGAGCAAUAUGCAGGCGUGGUGCUCGUGCCUCUCGAGCAGAUGGACCCCCGGCCCCUGUUCCAGGCCGUGGAUGCCCUGUGCCAGGAUAACAUUAAACACUUUGGAGAGUCCAAAUCCGAGGUGGGCUCCCGUCUGGUGCAAGCCUUCACCCGGAUCCAAGAACAGGCAUAUGGAGCUGAACCGUCCAUACGCGCCCUGGCUGCGGUUUGCCCGCUUUUUGACUUGGACCCCGACACUCCAGCCAAUGGAUACCGAAGCCUACUGAAGGUGGUACUUGCCUGCACCCAGCACAUCCUGCACAAGUGCCGCUACAUCACAUCCAGCCGCCACAGCCUCUUCUUCCGAGCAGCCCACAACUGCGCAGAGCUAGAAGCGUAUGGUGCCGCUCUCACUCAGCUCCGAGCCCUGCUCUGUUUCGCACAGCGGCUGCUUACCGCCAACAGCCAUGGGGAUCUCUUCUUCCGGCAAGAGCGAGGCCUGUCCGAAGAGUUUCUGCACGAGUACAGCACCAUGCACAAAGGCUGCUUCUAUGGACGCUGUAUGGGGUUUCAGUUCACUCCUUCCAUCCGCCCGUUCCUGCAGACUAUCGCCAUUGGUUUAGUGUCGUUUGGGGAGAAUUACAAGCGCCAUGAAUCUGGGAUAACUGAGGGAGCUCUUGCAACCUACUAUGGUGUAGCCGCCAGCUCCAUUUUUAUAAGUGGAAGGUACGCCAUUGACCCAGAGCUUCGAGGAGCAGAAUUUGAAAGGAUAACACAGAACCUUGACGUGAACUUCUGGAAGACUUUUUGGAACAUCACAGAGAUGGAAUUGCUUACAUCUUUGGUUGGAAUAACUUCUUCAACAGUCCGCAUCAACAAGAUCCUCUCUGUGCCCCCUGAACCACUGGAGAUGCCACUGUCCUCUGAUCCUCAGCGCACCGUCACCAUCAACCCUCCUGUAGCUCACACCGGACCAGGUCCUGUUAACAUGCGUCUCAUCUCUUACCAGCUGCGUGAGGGCCAGGAGAGUGAAGAACUAAACUCCUUCACCAAACCCGAAGGUCCUCUGAGCCUUGACCUUCGUCUCCGAUCUCGCCCGGCCGCUCUCUCUCCAGACCUGAUCAUCCAUUUCCACGGUGGGGGGUUUGUAGCUCAGACCUCAAAGUCACAUGAGCCCUACCUGAAGACUUGGGCUCAAGAGCUUGAGGCGCCCAUCUUGUCUGUGGAUUACUCUCUUGCCCCAGAGGCUCCUUUCCCAAGGGCUCUCGAAGAAUGUUUCUAUGCUUACUGCUGGGCGCUGAGACACUGUCGGCUGCUGGGCUCCACAGGAGAGAGGAUCUGCCUCGCUGGUGACAGUGCCGGUGGUAACCUUUGUAUCACUGUGUCACUCCGCGCUGCUUCUGUUGGGAUUAGAUUACCAGAUGGGAUCAUGGUUGCCUACCCAGCCACGUUAUUACAGGCCACAGCAUCUCCAUCCCGCCUCUUAACCCUGAUGGACCCGCUGCUGCCGCUCAGUGUGCUGUCAAAGUGCCUUGGCGCUUAUGCAGGCACAGAGCGAGUCCCAGUGGACGAUCGGGUGGUUGAAAAGCAGAGUACAGUGAAUCUAGUAAAACGAGGGACCGCGUUAUUUCUCAGAGACAUCCGACAAGGGGCAGCGUCCUGGCUGAGUAAUCUAAUGGAAGGGAGCAAGGAGAGAGCCAAUCCAGAUACGGUGAGAAAGAGCUUAUCUGAGGCAGCACUGGUGGAAGAGACUUCUCUUCUUAACCGCAUGGUGUCUUUAAAGAGCAAAACCUGCCAGGAUCUGAACCACCAUCAUUACAUUGAGCAGAACAAUUUAGCAGUUGGAACUUCAAGCCAGCAGAAUGGAGAAGACGGAGCACCGAACAAACACGCACACAGAGAAGCGCAGUCCCAUAACUCCUCCUCUGCGAAUGGUCCGCAUUCACCGUCCUCACUAUCCAUCCAGUCAGGAGGCAGCGAUCCCUUGUCUCCCAGCAGCCCAAAGGAAGCCGUCAACUUCUUCUUGACAGAGAGCGAGAGUGAGGGUGACCAGUCCUUUGACAGAGAGUCUUCUACACACUCUAAAGAGAACAUUCCCCCUGCACACUCCGGUGAGGACAGACCAUCCCCACACUCCCCUACCACUUCUCAACUGCUGGGCUUCCCAGAAGGAUUCCAGCCUCUGCGCUCUAAAAACGGUGUGGCUAACAUGACUUUGCAGACUUCUGCUAUUGUGGACAACCCGUACAUGUCCCCGCUGCUGGCUCCUGACAGUAUGCUACUAGGACUUCCUCCCAUUCACAUUGUGGCCUGUGCACUUGACCCAAUGUUGGAUGACUCUGUGAUGUUUGCGAAGAGACUCCGCUCUCUGAACCGCCCAGUCACCCUGAAGGUAGUAGAAGAUCUCCCUCAUGGAUUCCUCAGCCUAUCACAGCUGUCGCCAGAGACCCGAGCCGCCACAGCGGUAUGCGUCCAACGCAUCCGGCAAGUCCUGCGAGAAGAGCCCCCGGCUCCACCUUCUUCUGCUCCCCGCAAACACCGCAAACUGGAGAGGACACUGGGGAAGAGCGCAGCGACCGAUCGAGAGAUUGGAGCCUGAAAGGCAAAAUAAACAUCUGCAUCACGUGCAAUACCCGUCCACAUAUAACACCACUGCUCACUCCAGUCCCACGCUGCUUUCAUUGUGAUUAGUCCGAGAUGCCACCAGCAGUCAUCAGUGCGAUCACUGAGAAGUAUGGUGCACAUGCUGAGAUUGGGAUUUGGUGAAGGACUUGCUAAACAUAUAAGGUGCUUUUGGGUAAAUUGCCCGCUGAGUCAUUGAAGUGGAUCUCCAGCCACAUUGUUUGGUUUUAUCUUGGAUAGAGUGGGGAGAGGGACUAAAUCCCUUGUUCAGCUUUCAUUGCUGCCUAUG